UAUGGUUCUAGACCUUGAACCUCUUCCAUUUUUGGUAGGAGUACGUCCGUAUCUUUGAUCAGGAUCAGGUGGGAAGCAAGGAACAGUGAGUGAAGGUCACUGUCUGAAGAGAGGCUUUGUUGGUAGUGGUACAGCCUCUCUUGAAUGUGUGGCUGUUGCCUUUCCCUGGCAUGCUGCAUAUCUGACUUCUGUGCUCAAAGACUGGGGUGAGAUACCUUUAUUGGGAAACUGAUCUUGACCCUUGGCUGUCUUGCUGUGUACCCAGGCGGAUGACGGGCGAUCUGCCAAAUCAAUAUAUGAAUUCCAUGCCAAAGACAUUGAUGGCAAUGAUGUGUCCCUGGAAAAGUACAGGGGUUACGUCUGCAUCAUCACCAAUGUAGCAUCCAAAUGAGGAAAAACUGACGUAAACUACACUCAGCUUGUCGAUAUGUACGCCAGAUACGCUGAGAGGGGUUUACGCAUCCUGGGCUUCCCCUGCAACCAGUUUGGAAACCAGGAGCCUGGGGAUGAGUCUCAGAUCAAACAAUUUGUUGCAAGCUAUGGGGUGAAGUUUGACAUGUAUAGCAAGAUAGAGGUCAACGGGAACAACGCCCAUCCUCUCUGGAAAUGGAUGAAAGAUCAGCCCAAAGGAAGAGGCACCCUGGGAAAUGCAAUAAAAUGGAACUUCACAAAGUUCCUCAUUAACAAGGAGGGCCAUGUGGUGAAGAGAUACAGCCCAAUGGAUGAUCCAUAUGUGAUUGAGAAGGACCUGCCCGCUUUCCUGUAGACCUGUUCACUUCGACACUGGACCAUUCCCUCUGCUUAGCAAUGGCUUUUACCUGCUCCCUGUGGAGUCUUCCCAUCCAGCUCCAAUGACGGCCUGCCUUAAAGCCAGCCUGCUGGUGAGGCAGACCCGAAAGCUUGGCGUGCAUCUGCGGGAAGAAGGCUUCACUGGGCUGGUGGCUGUUGCUGGGCAGUUUCCAUAGACCUGACUUGGGCACUCACUUUUGUUGCAAUAAAAGUUUAUGCUGAAACUGA